AUGCAAAGCGACCACGGUAGAGGUGAACUAAUGCUUGUGUGGAACAAUCACCGCGUGAUGGACAACUGGAAGUGUAGGGCAAUCUCAGGUGUAAUUUUACUUGCUCCUAAGGAAACGACCUUUUUGUCAAUAUUCUGUACCUCGGCGGCAUUUCGUAUUUGUUUCAUCACGAUGCUAUUGUCCACUACUGUUCAAAGUGUGAUGUUAAUAACCGAUCAACAUCAGCAAGACGAGUGUACACAAACUGAUCUCUCAUCAGCAUCAGAGAGCGAAUUGUUAAGCUGUAAGCGACAUUACCGCUCCUUAUUGCAAAAGGUGAACGGUGAACUGGCACGAGUAUCACGUCAAAAACGCUAUUCUCCUGUAUCAGCAUCACUUCCCAAUCGUGAAUCGACAUUUUUUUUGGAUCGUCUCAAAGCGAUACGUCUGGCACGUGAAGAAGAGCUAAACCGUACGCUUAGUGAAACUGAUGAUGAAGAAAUUCUUCAGAAACGGCGUAGACCAUUUGUUCCGAGAAGAAACAGUACAGCUGAGGAAUGUCGUCAGUUAUCGCAACAGGAAUUGGUUAAUGAACUGAAGCAGAAAGGAACAUAUAACCCUGAUUUGAUGGCGUGGGAUGCAUCUGGAAUUAUUCGUUUUUUAGAUCGCUCUAUUGGUGACCAGUAUGAAAGACAAUCAAAAACUCGUCUAAGUGUCGAAGAAACAAUGGAACGUAAUGUGGAGGCGCUGGAACGGAUAUUGUCGGAAUUAAAUAUUGAAUGUGAUGUACGUUCGCCUUCGGUCAUUUCGCGGCUGCAAAAUCUGACAUCGACAGAAAGUAGACGAACGGUCAUUUCGCCAUCUAUACGUAUGAUGGAUUCCGAACUAGAGCGGAACAAACGUGGAGCUGCUGAGAGUGUCAUCGAUUCUUUGAUAGCAUCUGGAGUCGUUGAUGCUCAUACCAGAGGAGAUCUAAUAAUGCGCAAACGCCAGAAACUUAUUGGAGAUGUUCAUGUAAUACCAUUUGGAUGUGAUAAGCGAGGUGGUGAGGAAGAUGGUUAUCUAAGGUUGUGUGGUGCUUGCCAAGCGAUACGUCGACUACCGGAUACAUUUUUUCCACCAUUUAUCAAUGAAGUGAUGUGUGAUGACGACAAAGCUUGUCUUUAUUUUUAUGAUUUCCCUCAUGGGAAAUGCACGCAGAAGCAUAUGAAUUUCGUUGUAUUGAAGAAUGUCGGCACAGACGAUUGUCAAAUAUGGCAAAAAUUCAAUCUUAAUGUACGAGUGUCCUGCGAAUGUUUUGUUGAUGAGAUGUCAUUCUUUGCAAAGUACGUUUGA